AAGAACAAGACAAUUUGACAAGCUUGGACCUUUUGAGAACAAAAGGCGAGGUUUUUCAGAAAAAAAUGCCACCCCUCUUAUCUGAGUUCUAUCGCCUCACUAUCAACUGUCAGGGAGUAGGAAAGUGCAAGUGAAUAUGAAAAAGUUUGCUCACGACUUCAGUCUCGCAGAACUUGACAGAGAGGGUUCUCUCACGUCGCUGCUUCGGAUCAGUCGUUUGGAUGACUCUGAAAGUCUCACAAGCUCUCUUGAGCCAGGCGGCAUGAUGGAUGCACUUCCGCAGUUGUUAGAGACCCUUCACCGUUUGCAAGUUAUUCCGAGUCCAAACAUCCCGAACCUAUAUGACAGUGGCCCGAAGUGUCCUUCGAACAAGCGUAAACGGACCAACGUUCCUCAGUCUGCAACAGAGAAAGUACAACAGUGGCAGGCCUGCCAGAAUCAGGUGGUUCCCGAAGAACAAGAUAAUACAGUGGCGGAGGUAGAAAGUCAGAACAAACGUUCGCGAUCAAUGGCCCCUCCUCCCCCUUCAACGAAUAUGAUUGAAUAUCAUGAAAUGGGACCUGACCAGAACCCUGUCCGUCCAAGCCAGAAGCAAGUUCGGGUUGUUUUGCGGAAACUCAAAGAAUUUCCCAAUGCACGAAUCAGGGUGAAGAAUCAGCUCGAGGAGACAAAGGAAAUGCUAAAUAUCGUCGAGUCAGUGCAUCAGCAAACCGAAGGAAAACUGACGGAAAUGCGGUGGACACGGUAUAUCAUCGAAGAGGAUGUUUUGCGGCAUCAAAAGCAGGAUCGAACAUUAGUGGAUGGGACGACAAAACUGGGCAGUACAAGCUUGCAGGCAAGGGAAUGGAGGGAUUGGAUCCAGGAAAAUACAAUAACCCAGAAGCUGCAACAGGCGUCGGUGGGUGUGCCAGAAAAUUUGGCAGGUGCGAGCUCAGUGGCCAGAGAACCGAUUCCGAUCAAUGCCAUUGCGUAUCGCUCAGAAGGGAAAGGCUGGGGAUACUGGAAAAACAUGUACGGCCCCAGGGCGGAUGACGAAGAAUAUCAGGAGGGUGUAGAAGAAGAGGAUGAAGAGAAACAAGGAGAGGAUGAGGAGGAAGAGUAUUCGGAAUCAGAAGUUGAAGAAUAAUUAGCAAUUGUUUUGUAAUGAAAUCACUUGUAUCAUCUGUUUAUAAUGAUUCCCGUU